UUAUUACAAGCAUUGUUGGAUUUAUUUUGAAAAGAAACUAAUAAGAAUAUCAUUGCAAUAUAGUAAAUUUUCAGUUUUAACUCCAAUAAUAUUUAUACCGAAAAAAUUGAAAUGGCGACAUCAGCAAAGACAAGUGAUUCUAAUGCCCAUAUAAAAAAUCGACAUUUGUCUCGUAUUUCCUCAACAACUGAUAUUGGACAAGGAAAAGCAAUUGCUGUUUUCACAAGUGGUGGCGAUUCUCAAGGAAUGAAUGCUGCUGUUAGAGCUGUUGUCAGAAUGGCAAUUACCUGUGGUUCGGAGGCCUACUUAAUAAAAGAGGGUUAUCAAGGCAUGGUUGAUGGAGGAGAUAAUAUUGUAAGAGCAAAUUGGGAUGAUGUUUCUGGAAUCAUUCAGCUGGGAGGAACAGUUAUAGGAAGUGCUAGAUGUACUGAAUUCCGAGAAAGAAGUGGAAGAUUGAAGGCCGCGUUCAAUCUUGUUUCCAAUGGUAUCACAAAUAUAUGUGCUAUAGGUGGUGAUGGAUCACUAACAGGUGCUAAUUUAUUUCGAAAUGAAUGGCCGAGUUUAUUGCAAGAACUUGUUGAUGAGGGGAAAAUAAGUGAAGAACAAAAGAUCAAGUAUGAUUAUCUGAAUAUUGUUGGAAUGGUUGGAUCAAUCGACAAUGAUUUUUGUGGAACUGACAUGACAAUUGGUGCUGAUUCUGCUUUGCAUAGAAUUGUUGAAUGUGUUGAUUGUAUUGUAACUACUGCUCACAGCCAUCAACGUGCUUUUGUACUGGAGGUUAUGGGCCGGCACUGUGGGUACCUUGCUCUCGUCACUGGCCUCGCAUGUGGUGCUGAUUGGAUUUUUAUUCCUGAAAAUCCCCCAAGUGAUGACUGGCCUGAAAAGAUGUGUAACAAACUGGAGAAUGCCAGAUCAUGGGGGAAUCGUUUGAACGUUAUCAUAGUAGCAGAAGGUGCUAUUAACAACCGAGGAGAGCCGAUCACCUCAGAAAUGGUUAAAAAUGUCAUAAAAACCAAACUCAAACUGGAUACUAGAAUAACAGUUUUAGGUCAUGUUCAACGUGGCGGAGCCCCAAGUGCUUUUGACAGGAUUUUAGCAACAAGGAUGGGUGCUGAAGCAGUUCUUGCUUUGUUGGAAGCAACUCCAUCAACACCAGCUCAUGUUAUAUCUUUAGAUGGAAAUCAAGCUGUUCGUGUACCGUUAAUGGAAUGUGUUAAAACAACACAAGCAGUUCAGAAGGCCAUGAGCAAUUUGGAUUUUGCCGAAGCUGCAAGGCUGCGUGGAAGAACGUUCUUGGGAAAUUUGAACAUUUACAAGAAGCUUGGAGCAGUCACUAGAAGUACUGAUGAGGGUUGUGUUGCAGAGUUGACUAGUGAAGGUGAAGAUGUGGAAUGCGAAUUGAAGCCAUUCAGCAUUGCCAUAAUGAAUGUUGGAGCACCUGCUGCAGGAAUGAAUGCUGCUGUAAGAUCAGCAGUUCGAACUUGCCUCUUUUCAGGAUAUUCGGCCCUAGUUAUUCAUAAUGGAUUUGAAGGCCUGGAGAAAGGAAUGAUUGAAAAAUGUACUUGGCGUAAAGUUGCAAACUGGGUUGGAGAGGGUGGUUCAAACCUUGGCACAAAGAGAACUCUACCCAGUCAAUGCAACAUGGAUGAAAUUACAAAACAAAUGGCAAAACACGCAAUCAGUGGUAUCAUUUGCAUUGGAGGCUUUGAGGCUUUUCACGGCUGUCUGCAAUUGGCUGAAAUGAGAGUCAAGUUUCAGGAAUUGUGCAUCCCAUAUGUUGUUAUUCCGGCUACUCUAUCCAACAAUGUUCCUGGCACUGAACUAUCUAUUGGCGUUGAUACAACUCUGAACACUGUCUGUGAGACUUGCGAUAGAAUAAAAAUGUCUGCAAGUGGAACAAAAAGACGAACCUUUCUUGUGGAAACAAUGGGAGGAUAUUGUGGAUAUCUGGCAACCAUGGCUGGUUUGGCAGCUGGAGCAGAUGCUGCCUAUAUUAAUGAGGAAUUAUUCACAAUAAGAGAUUUACAAAAAAACAUUACUCAUUUACGGUCAAAAAUGAAGGGAAAAACCCAACGUGGCCUUGUUUUGAGAAAUGAGAAAGCUAGUGAACAUUUCACCACAGAUUUUAUUUACCGUUUAUAUGCAGAGGAAGGAAAAGGAGUUUUUGAUUGCAGAGCUAAUGUACUUGGACAUAUGCAACAGGGUGGAGUGCCUUCACCUUUCGAUAGAAAUUAUGCAACAAAAAAUGCUGCAAAAGCUGCUUUCUGGAUUACUCAACAGAUACAAAACAACUUAAAAGAAGAUGGAACCGUAAACUGCCGAACAGACGAGUCUGUAACUUUACUUGGAAUGAAGAAACGACAAAUGUAUUUUCAACCUGUCCAGCAAUUAAAAGCAGAAACAGAUUUUGAAAAACGUCUUCCAAAAUCACAAUGGUGGCUCAAUAUACGUCCUCUUCUUCGCUUGAUGGCACACUAUCAGGAUGACAGAUCACUGUAUCAGGCAGAAUCCAGCACUGAAGUUUUCAAGCCAAACGACUCUGAAGUAGAAACGAUAAAUGCCCGUGACACUGUUGUUUAAUUUCUCACGCCUUUUCUCUGACUAUGUGAUAGACUAUCAUUUGUGAUAUAGAUGUGGCCCAUUCAUUAUUGAAUUUUGUGUGAAAGUUCAUACUAAACCUGUAUAUUAUUUAUAAUUUUGCUGUGAUUUUACCACUGUGUUUUAGAACCGGAUCUUAAUCAUUAUAGUUUAAUACUUCUUUGAUAUGGCAUGCAAAAUUUGGUUUUGGCACUAAUGCAACCUGUCCAAAGCAAUGCUUUUAAAAGUUCCAACAAUUUGAUUAUAUUUAUACUCAAAUAUUCAUCUCACAUAAAAAUGACGUGACUGUAGUAUAUGACAGUUGAAAUUUAGAUGAACUCCUAAAAAAUCACUACUUGAAGUUGGUGAAACAUUGAAGCUAUUACAACUUUUCUGAUUAUAAACUUUUUUUUCGAUAAUUAUUGAUCUUUAUAAAGUUCCGCGUUCUUUCUCUGUCCCUGCUAGCUUGAACUCAAAUAUAUUUCAUAUUUACGUUUCCAUGAUAUUGCUAUAUUCAAGUUUUCAGCAUGGUAUAUCUGCUUCAUAAUAUUUCAUUUCAGUUAUUAUUAAAUAUCUUAUGUAUUAAUUGUUAAAACAAAACAAACUUCUGUAAUUGCACAAUAUUCUUCAAAUAAUAUUAGUGAAAACAAACUUGAUAUAUAUUUUUUACAUUAACCACAGUACUUAAAGCAGAGCUGUAUUCUAAGAUUCCUUAUUUACAUGAUGGCUAUGAUUUUUCAUGUUUAUGUCAAAGGAGAGAGAAGCCAAAGAUGGCUCAAUUGUUGAUGUUAAUGUUGCCUUGAUAGCUUUUAGCGGCACAUGGAAUUUAGUUCGAUGGGUUUCAACAAAAAGCGUUUAUUAUUGCAUGUUGCAUUGCAUUUUUCCUCUUGUUUGGCUUUACAAAGUGUGAAUAUGUUAAUUCAUUCAAUAAAAACACAUUUGUGAACUAUCA